AUGGGGCAAAAGAGGGGAUAUUCGGAGAUUGGGUCUCCCGAGCCUCGUAACCGUCCAUCAUUCAAUGGUACAAAGAAGCACAAGUCGAGCAAGUCAAAGCAUCGACCGAACGAGGGAACUUCAACGUGGGCCAAGAAGCGAACGCGUACUAUCGAACGACUCCUGAACCGAAACCAAGAACUUCCCGCCAACGUACGCAAUGAUCUCGAGCGAGAGCUGGGCGCUCUCAAGGCAACAGUCUCAGACAAGAGCUUCCAGAAGCUACGAAGUGCUAUGAUAUCGAAAUAUCACAUGGUUCGGUUCUUUGAACGAAAGAAGGCAUCGCGGUUAGCAAAACAGCUGCGCAAAAAGAUUGAAGAGACCGAAUCUACAGAAACGGACGAGAUCGAGGCAUUGGAGCGUGACUUGCAUGUUGCCGAAGUAGACGAGGCGUACACACAACACUUUCCCCAUGCUGAACCCUACAUCAGCUUGUACACCAAUGCCAAGCCAGAGAAGGAAGACGACGACAAAGACGACGACAAGCUUGACUACACACCGCUCAAGCAUAGGGGCCUACUGCAUACAGAGCGACCGCCAAUAUGGUCGGAUAUCGAACAGGCGAUGAAGGGCGGCCCCCACGCGUUGCGUAAUUUAAGAGAGAGACGGCCAACUGAGCUUACAGAAGAAGCACAGUCAGAGCGCCGCCAGAAAAAGCCCAAGGCAACGACUCCAGACGGGGCUCUCAAGACGCAGCCGAAACCACAGGCCACGAAGGAAAAGCCUGCACCUUUCACCAAGGUCAAGGGGAAAGCUGCUGUUGCUCCAAAGAACCGCAGAGAACGAAGAUUACAGGAGCGUCAGGCUGCGCAGCCAGUCGUCAAGAGUGACGACGAUGAUAGCGACGAGGGUGGUUUCUUUGAAGAGGAUUAA